AGUAUUUAGUUCAUUGUUUGUUGCCGUACCCUUCGCUGCUCGACGCCCCAUAGCCCUCCCCCUCUCACACCCACCACCAGCUGCUGCACCGGCCUCAGCGCCCCUCUCGCACCCACCACCACCACCCCAGCUGCAGUGAGCAUGGCCGACCAGAUUGGUCGGCUCAGACGACGACCAGUCGCAGCAGCUCGCCCUGGUGAUGCACCUGACCACCGCCCCACAGCAAGUCACGACCAGCCCGCCUCCCCUCCCUCCCUCGCUCGCCUUGCGGCUGACCCGUUUGACCACGCCGACGAGCUCGAUCGGUCAACAACACGCGUCGUGAUCAAGGGCGGCAAGCAAGAGCAGAUGGAGAUGUGGAUGCUCAACGACCUGAUGUCACACCUUUAGGCAAAGAAUCCAUCUGAGGACACGCUGCGCAGCAUGCUCGAGAGGGGCUACGCCGGUCUCCGGACGGAGCGAAGGCCGCCGUCUCGGCCGCACAAGGUGAAUCUCGCCACGCUGCUCAAGACGCGGCGAGACCUCUUCGUCCAAUUCGUUCCCGACAUACUCGAGACGCCCAUCCCCUCGCUCCCCAACGGCAUUCCUGAGCCACUGGUGCGGCGGCUUGUGGAGGCGCAUGACGGCGAGCCAUAUGAGGCUGAUGACCCAGUUGAGCUCAAUCCCGAGCUCGAUGCCGACCAGGCCGAGACCCGCCAUCGCAUCCUUUACGCCCUCAAGGCGUCGGGCGAGUUGCAGCGGCAGAUGCUGGAGCGAUUGGCCGUACUUGAGUACGUCAAGGCGCAUCGUCACGAGUACGAGCCAUACGUCGACUCUCAGGCCAUCACGCCGAGACCGCCACGACCAUUCCACGUGGUAUGCACCUGAGUGGGUGGGAAGCCACAGACACCACACAUCACUCCUUGACUGAUGGCUGUGUUGUGUCAGCCCCCAUUUCGAGCGUCUGAUGUGGACAAAGCGGCGGACGAUCCGUGUUCUUCUUCUUCACCGCAUGUCGGCGCGAUCCCGUCGGUGCCCCUCCUCUCGGCCAGAUGGGCAACAUGACAGCACCCGAGGCAUCCAACCACGUGGCCAAAGAGGUGGAGCGGCACCACACCACAAAGGGCGGUGGUGGCGCCAUCGAGGGGGAGCUCGGGUGGCAGAUGAUCACUCGAAGCAUCGAGAAGGCCCAACUCGCUGCUGUCGACCAAUACCACCUCGAGGUGCUCACCUAUGGCAGCAACAACGCCACACGCAUGCUCCCAUCGAUCGGGUACGACCACCGACUCCCGGACGUGCCAUUCAUGGUGCUGAAGCAGGUUGGGGGUCAGAAGAAGGGCGAGCCAUUUACAUACGCAGACUGGAGAAAUCUGCAGAAGCAAGCAGACAAAGCGAUGAAGGCAGGGCAGCUUGAAGUGCCGAUAGAACCGAAAAAGCCAGAACAGAAGUAGCUGCCUGACGAUCGAUUGUGCAUAGUUGUGAAACAGUGACUGACAUGCCGAUUGCG